UUUUCCCUCCCUUGGCCCAGCUGGCUCAGGUUUGCUUUUUAAUUCCCUCGGUUUCCUGUUCCGGAGGCGCGGGCGGCGCCACUGUCUUGGUGCCUGCAGGAGUAGUCUGGCUUUUCUCUGACGGCAGCCUCGCGGCCCGAGAGCCUUUUAUAGAGAUACAUGGAAAUGUACAGUAGCAACAUGGAAACAUAUACUAUUGGUGAGACAGUAAACAUAUAUUGACCACCAACUGUGUGUAGGUUCCUUUUCCUGGGGAUGUGAAGGAUACAGAAAUGACUGUGAAUCAACCCAUAUCAUCAAGGAGCUGAUAAUCUGGUGGAGGAGUUAGACAUGUGCAUACUUCACUGUGAUGUGAGGCAGCCUCUGACGGAGCCUCUCUCUGUCACCCAGGCUGGAGUGUGAAGCUCCGCCUCCCGGGUUCACGCCAUUCUCCUGCCUCAGCCUCCCGAGUAGCUGGGACUACAGAGCUUAUAUUCUCUGUGGAAGAUGUGACAUACCCAGGCGGCACGUCAUGAUGCAGGGCAACACAUGACAAGAUGGACACUGAUCAUGUCACUUAUUGGAGUGCUGGUAGAAGCUGAAGUUGGAUUACAUCACAGAAUGUCAUUCCACCCGGGACGAGGGUGUCCCCGAGGACGAGGAGGACAUGGAGCCAGACCCUCAGCACCAUCCUUUAGGCCCCAAAAUCUAAGACUGCUUCACCCUCAGCAGCCUCCUGUGCAAUAUCAAUAUGAACCUCCAAGUGUCCCUUCCACCACUUUCUCAAACUCUCCAGCCCCUAAUUUUCUCCCUCCACGACCAGACUUUGUACCCUUCCCCCCACCCAUGCCUCCGUCAGCACAAGGCCCUCUUCCCCCCUGCCCAAUCAGGCCUCCUUUCCCCAACCACCAGAUGAGGCAUCCCUUCCCAGUUCCUCCUUGUUUUCCUCCCAUGCCACCACCAAUGCCUUGUCCUAAUAACCCCCCAGUCCCCGGGGCACCUCCUGGACAAGGCACUUUCCCCUUCAUGAUGCCCCCUCCCUCCAUGCCUCAUCCCCCGCCCCCUCCAGUAAUGCCGCAGCAGGUUAAUUAUCAGUACCCUCCGGGCUAUUCUCACCACAACUUCCCACCUCCCAGUUUUAAUAGUUUCCAGAACAACCCUAGUUCUUUCUUGCCCAGUGCUAAUAACAGCAGUAGUCCUCAUUUCAGACAUCUCCCUCCAUACCCACUCCCAAAGGCUCCCAGUGAGAGAAGGUCCCCAGAAAGGCUGAAACACUAUGAUGAUCACAGGCACCGAGAUCACAGUCAUGGGCGAGGUGAGAGGCAUCGGUCCCUGGAUCGGCGGGAGCGAGGCCGCAGUCCCGACAGGAGAAGACAAGACAGCCGGUACAGAAUUGAUUAUGACCGAGGGAGAACACCAUCUCGCCACCGCAGCUACGAGCGGAGCAGAGAGCGAGAACGGGAGAGACACAGGCAUCGAGACAACCGAAGAUCACCAUCUCUGGAAAGGUCCUACAAAAAAGAGUAUAAGAGAUCUGGAAGGAGUUAUGGUUUAUCGGUUGUUCCUGAACCUGCUGGAUGCACACCAGAAUUACCUGGGGAGAUUAUUAAAAAUACAGAUUCUUGGGCCCCACCCCUGGAGAUUGUGAAUCAUCGCUCCCCAAGUAGGGAGAAGAAGAGAGCUCGUUGGGAGGAAGAAAAAGACCGAUGGAGUGACAACCAGAGCUCUGGCAAAGACAAGAACUAUACCUCAAUCAAGGAAAAAGAGCCUGAGGAGACCACGCCUGACAAGAAUGAGGAGGAGGAAGAAGAACUUCUUAAGCCUGUGUGGAUUCGAUGCACUCAUUCAGAAAACUACUACUCCAGUGACCCCAUGGAUCAGGUGGGAGAUUCUACAGUAGUUGGAACAAGUAGGCUUCGUGACUUAUAUGACAAAUUUGAGGAGGAGUUGGGGAGCAGGCAAGAAAAGGCUAAAGCUGCUCGGCCUCCGUGGGAACCUCCGAAGACGAAGCUCGAUGAAGAUUUAGAGAGUUCCAGUGAAUCCGAGUGUGAGUCUGAUGAGGACAGCACCUGUUCUAGCAGCUCAGACUCUGAAGUUUUUGACGUUAUUGCAGAAAUCAAACGCAAAAAGGCCCACCCUGACCGGCUUCAUGAUGAACUUUGGUACAACGAUCCAGGCCAGAUGAACGAUGGACCACUCUGCAAAUGCAGCGCAAAGGCAAGACGCACAGGAAUUAGGCACAGCAUUUAUCCUGGAGAAGAGGCUAUCAAGCCCUGUCGUCCUAUGACCAACAAUGCUGGCAGACUUUUCCACUACCGGAUCACAGUCUCCCCGCCUACGAACUUUUUAACUGACAGGCCAACUGUCAUAGAAUACGAUGAUCACGAGUAUAUCUUUGAAGGAUUUUCUAUGUUUGCACAUGCCCCCCUGACCAAUAUUCCACUGUGUAAAGUAAUUAGAUUCAAUAUAGACUACACGAUUCAUUUCAUUGAAGAGAUGAUGCCGGAGAAUUUUUGUGUGAAAGGGCUUGAACUCUUUUCACUGUUCCUAUUCAGAGAUAUUUUGGAAUUGUAUGACUGGAAUCUUAAAGGUCCUUUGUUUGAAGACAGUCCUCCCUGCUGCCCAAGAUUUCAUUUCAUGCCACGUUUUGUAAGAUUUCUUCCAGAUGGAGGAAAGGAAGUGCUGUCCAUGCACCAGAUUCUCCUGUACUUGUUAAGGUGCAGCAAAGCCCUGGUGCCCGAGGAGGAGAUUGCCAAUAUGCUUCAAUGGGAGGAGCUGGAGUGGCAGAAAUAUGCAGAAGAAUGCAAAGGCAUGAUUGUUACCAACCCUGGGACGAAACCAAGCUCUGUCCGUAUUGAUCAACUGGAUCGUGAACAGUUCAACCCUGAUGUGAUUACUUUUCCGAUUAUCGUCCACUUUGGGAUACGCCCUGCACAGUUGAGUUAUGCAGGAGACCCACAGUACCAAAAACUGUGGAAGAGUUACGUGAAACUUCGCCACCUCCUAGCAAAUAGUCCCAAAGUCAAACAAACCGAUAAACAGAAGCUGGCACAGAGGGAGGAAGCACUCCAAAAAAUACGGCAGAAGAAUACAAUGAGACGAGAAGUAACAGUGGAGCUAAGUAGCCAAGGAUUCUGGAAAACUGGCAUCCGUUCUGAUGUCUGUCAGCAUGCAAUGAUGUUACCUGUUCUGACCCAUCAUAUCCGCUACCACCAAUGCCUAAUGCAUUUGGACAAGUUGAUAGGAUAUACUUUCCAAGAUCGUUGUCUGUUACAGCUGGCCAUGACUCAUCCAAGUCAUCAUUUAAAUUUUGGAAUGAAUCCUGAUCAUGCCAGGAAUUCUUUGUCUAACUGUGGAAUUCGGCAGCCCAAAUAUGGAGACAGAAAAGUUCAUCACAUGCACAUGCGGAAGAAAGGGAUUAACACCUUGAUAAAUAUUAUGUCACGCCUUGGCCAAGAUGACCCAACUCCCUCAAGGAUUAACCACAAUGAGCGGUUGGAAUUCCUGGGUGAUGCUGUUGUUGAAUUUCUGACCAGUGUCCAUUUGUACUAUUUGUUUCCUAGUCUGGAAGAAGGAGGAUUAGCAACCUAUCGAACUGCCAUUGUUCAGAAUCAGCACCUUGCCAUGCUAGCAAAGAAACUUGAACUGGAUCGAUUUAUGCUGUAUGCUCACGGGCCUGACCUUUGUAGAGAAUCGGACCUUCGACAUGCAAUGGCCAAUUGUUUUGAAGCAUUAAUAGGAGCUGUUUACUUGGAGGGAAGCCUGGAGGAAGCCAAGCAGCUAUUUGGACGCUUGCUCUUUAAUGAUCCGGACCUGCGCGAAGUCUGGCUCAAUUAUCCUCUCCACCCACUCCAACUACAAGAGCCAAAUACUGAUCGACAACUUAUUGAAACUUCUCCAGUUCUACAAAAACUUACUGAGUUUGAAGAAGCAAUUGGAGUAAUUUUUACUCAUGUUCGACUUCUGGCAAGGGCAUUCACAUUGAGAACUGUGGGAUUUAACCAUCUGACCCUAGAUGGGGUUUCUUCAUGUUGCCAGGCUGAUCUCAAACUCCUGGGCUCAAGUGACCCACCUGCCUCAGCCUCACAAAGCACUGGGAUUAGAGCCAUGAGCCACUGCACCCGGCCAGAAGGCCACAAUCAGAGAAUGGAAUUCUUAGGUGACUCCAUAAUGCAACUGGUAGCCACAGAGUACUUAUUCAUUCAUUUCCCAGAUCAUCAUGAAGGACACUUAACUUUGUUGCGAAGCUCUUUGGUGAAUAAUAGAACUCAGGCCAAGGUAGCGGAGGAGCUGGGCAUGCAGGAGUAUGCCAUAACCAACGACAAGACCAAGAGGCCCGUGGCCCUUCGCACCAAGACCUUGGCGGACCUUUUGGAAUCAUUUAUUGCAGCGCUAUACAUUGAUAAGGAUUUGGAAUAUGUUCAUACUUUCAUGAAUGUCUGCUUCUUUCCACGAUUGAAAGAGUUCAUUUUGAAUCAGGAUUGGAAUGACCCCAAAUCCCAGCUUCAGCAGUGUUGCUUGACACUUAGGACAGAAGGAAAAGAGCCAGACAUUCCUCUGUACAAGACUCUGCAGACAGUGGGCCCAUCCCAUGCCCGAACCUACACUGUGGCUGUUUAUUUCAAGGGAGAAAGAAUAGGCUGUGGGAAAGGACCAAGUAUUCAGCAAGCGGAAAUGGGAGCAGCAAUGGAUGCCCUUGAAAAAUAUAAUUUUCCCCAGAUGGCCCAUCAGAAGCGGUUCAUCGAACGGAAGUACAGGCAAGAGUUAAAAGAAAUGAGGUGGGAAAGAGAGCAUCAAGAGAGAGAGCCAGAUGAGACUGAAGACAUCAAGAAAUAAAGGAGGGCAUGCAAGUGUGGAGUAUUUACUUGCUCAGUACUGUGACUGUUGUCUGUAGAGACCUAGCCUAGUUUUCCUACAAUGAAUGAAGUGUGCUCAUUGAAAUAAAAUACAAGUCAAAUUGCUAUUGUUUUAAUGAUCUGUUUUUAGCUGGAUGGUCUUUAUUACAAAGGAUUAGAUUUUUCUUCUAUUUAAUGGAAAACUUGACUUUGGUGAAUGUGCAUUACUUCUUUUUGUUUUGCUCUUUAAAUAAUAAAAUUCAAGAAGCAUA